UUCAUACUGCUUUUGGGAGAGUUGUACCGUUUAUGUGCACACGGUUGACAGGAGGAUGGCCAGCUGUCAAACAUUAACGCCAGGGUAAAUCAAAUAUGACGUUCAGUCCACAUUUUUUGCGGUUGCCUAAAACGCAUGUGAGUUGGAUUCGAUUAAAUUGGUCGUUUAUUUUUUCCAACCUUCUACUUUAAAAAAAUAUAUAUUAAUCAAAAGUUAGUCUAGGUUAUCGUCACUCGCUCACUGGAUAUUAUACGUUUCAUGGGCAUGUGAAUUUACGGAUUGCUACAUUUCAGGAAUCAUAAACAUUUCCGCACAUUAGGUCCAAUUGUUGGCACAACAAACAAAAAAAACUCACCAAACAAAACAGGUUUCCAGAGGUACACGCCUAGGAUAAACAGCUCAAGAAGGCAGACGCAAAGUGGGAUUUGGUGACUAUAAGUGACUUUAAACCUAUAUAACGGUGUCGCGAACUCCUAUGAUAUCCCUCCUGGAAUAAAUGGAACACGGGGACGAGCACCAUGGAAGAAAAGGCCUUGAUUGAGGGGCGUCAUGCGCACAGGAGCGGGCUAUGGCUUUAAGCAGAAUUCUGCUCCUGCUGUUGUGCGUGGUUUCUUUUGAGGUACCCAAUGCCAAGACGAGACCAAUCGACUUUGUGUGCAACGCACACGCCCGGAGAAACAUGAACAACGUGAAGGACCUGGAGGUUUCCAUGGUUGACUGUAGUGGUUCAGACCAACUCCCCUCCUCCCUUCAGAUACCCUGUGUCAGGAUUCUAAAGGCAUCCUGGGAUCACAAAUCUCUACAGCAGAAGCGUGCUGAGGUGAGAGGGGCUCUGGGAUUGUUGUUGGACGGUGUAGGGAGAGUGAGGAAAGAGACCAAACUCAGCUGUCAGUCAUCUUUGCUGGAGAGACUUGAGCAUGGAAUCACAAACUACCUGCACAUAGUCACCAAACUGGACAUCAAGGGUGACUUGACAGAUCCAAUCCCAGGCUGUCCCAGCCAGCAGAGCCGGAGUCUGACCCAGGUGCUGCAGCUGUACGGCAGGCUGCUCCGGGGGAAGCUGGAGUGGCUCUCCCUGGACCUCAGAGACAGCUGUCUGGACCAGAGAUGAUAACCUGGGAUUUCUUCUAUCCCUCUCCAGUAUUAUCAACGCUGAACUGGAUGAAUUCCCUGGUAGAGGCUGUCUGUACUACAUGGCAGUGUUUUGCUGCCACCUGUAUUUAUUAAUGGAGUUACAUUACCCUCUUCUGGUCAUAUACAGUAUGACAUGGUGUUGUACCUGUUGAGGAGUAGUUGGGAUCUGAGUAGGCUACAAAUGGCUACUAUCAAAAGCAGGCACUAUCAGAGAGAGCAAGACCAAGACCAAAGAGACUGAACCUAUGCUCUUAUUAGAUAAGACAAUUCUAAAGACUUUUCCCUGACUUUAAAGUGCCUCUGUGCCAAAUUGGAAGAAGACUAUCAACAGUAUUUUCAAAUGGGAAUAUCAACAGAGUAAAGGUAGCCUAACAUGCAUAGAUUUUCCCAGCCAUGUCAGGAGGGAAAGAAACAUCCACGGUGGAAGUAUAGUUGGUUAAAAUGGAUUACUGCACUGGUUGGAAGAAUGGAAGAGGAAUAUUUGUAAAAAGGCAUACUUUUGAAGAAUGAGUGGUUUGGAAAAAGUUGAGCCAGAUGACAAUGAAAAUGUCAAGAGGGAGAAAGAGUUUGUUGAAUUCUAUAUGUAGCCUCUCUGUGUAUAUGAUUGAUAUUAAAGUGUCCUUGUCAACAAAAAAACAACAUUUUGGACUAUGU